AUUUUCGUUCGAGUGCCACGUAAAUAAGAGAAUACAGGACCAAUAAGAUUGCCCUAGGAUAAAAAGUCCCGCGACGACGCACAUGGGUGAUCGCAGUGACAAAACAUUUCAUUUGCAUUAAAGAGUUCAUAACGCAGGUAUUCUGGACACAGGUAGCACGAUAUGGCUACCUCUCAUCUAGUAGUGACUUUCUGUGCCACUGCUGGCAAGAAUGGGGAAGAUUUAGGAGUGGACGAGGAACAAAUUGUGCUCUUUGUGUAUCUAUUAUUCGACGUGCUAAACUGCAAGGUAGUUGCUGUUCAACAACAUUAUGUUAAGCCUCAACCAUCAGAGACAACAGAAACUGUGCUUACAGAAGAAUGUAAGACAGAGACCGGCCUUAACGAAGAAGCAGUCAAGCAUUCUCAGCCUCUAGAACACAUCCUGGAUGAGUUCGACAGAUUUUUGUCUUCCAAAGGAGUUCACCCGGAACACGGAGGGAAAUCAUUCUGUGUCUUAACAGAUGGACAGUUACAUCUUCGCCAAUGUCUCCACCCGGAGACCACCAACAAAAACAUUUCAUUGCCCUCAUAUUUUUUCAAGUUUUACGACUUGCGGAAAGAAUUCAAGAAGUUCUACAAAACAGAUAAUAUACCCAAUAUAAAAUCUAUGCUGGACUAUUUAGGAUUACAAGAGGACAACUCUGUGGAAUAUGGAAUUCGACAAUGUCAAGAAAUGGCGAAUGUUCUUCACAGAUUAAUCAACGAUGGACACGUGUUUGGGGAACCAGAGAUAAUAAACGAACGCUUAGAACCCGGUAUAUGCAGUAAAUCGGACAUUGUAGAUGACAAUCAUGUUGUUCGGGCUCGCGGUCUUCCAUGGCAGUCUUCCGACCAAGACAUCGCUCGAUUCUUCAAAGGAUUGAACAUUGCAAAAGGUGGCGUAGCUCUUUGCUUAAGUCCGCAGGGUAGGAGGAAUGGGGAGGCAUUGGUGAGAUUAGAAAAUGAAGAAAAUAGGGACCUAGCACUGAAAAGGCAUAAACAUCAUAUUGGUCAAAGAUACAUAGAGGUGUAUAAAGCCACUGGAAAGGAUUUCGUCAAUGUUGCCGGUGGUAGUAAUUCAGAAGCACAAGCAUUUCUUUCAAGAGGUGGACAAGUCAUUAUACGCAUGCGUGGUUUGCCAUUUACAGCCACAGCGCAACAGGUGCUAGAGUUCUUUGCUCGAGAGCCAUCCGUUUCGGUGUUGGAUGGAGAAGAAGGGAUUCUCUUCGUUCACUAUCCUGAUGGAAGAUCCACUGGUGAUGCUUUUGUACUUCUUGCCUCAGAAGAAGACGCUGUGUCAGCCUUGAAGAAACACAGGGAGAUAAUGGGAACACGCUACAUUGAACUCUUUAAAAGCACUACAGCUGAAGUUCAACAGGUUCUCAACAGAAGUAUGGACCCACGAAACCCAGAACCCCAAGAAACCCCUCUUCCAGCAAUAAUCACUCAACUAACUCCGCAAAGCCAGCUUCCUUACAUUCCUCAAAGCCUCAUUACCAGCGGCACGCGUCGCGAUUGCAUCCGGUUACGCAACAUUCCAGGUGGCGCUCAGGUUACAGAUAUUCUUAACUUCCUGGGCGAGUUCUCUCAAUUCAUAAUCUUCCAGGGCGUUCACAUGGUUUAUACAGCACAGGGGGAACCUUCAGGUGAAGCAUUCAUACAGAUGGAUUCUGAGGAGUCAGCACAGCUGACAACAAUAAACAGAAAUAAGAGACACAUGGUGUUUGCCCAAAAGAAAAGAAUAAUUGAUGUUAUACAGUGCUCUGGGGAGGAUAUGAAUCUCGUUUUGACUAAUGGUAUUCCCACAACGUCUAUACCUUCACCACCACAAAUACCUUUUAUACAGAGACCCAUUCUAUCACAAGGAUUGUCUUCUUUUCCCUCCCCAACAACGCCCACACUCAUUCCAACGUCUUUGCCAUCACUGCAGCCGGCAUCAUUGCCUAUUGCCCACUUGCCACAGCAUCUCCAGACGGCCGCAUUCCCGCCAACUAUGAUGUCUGCCCCCCUUGCAGCAGCUCCACGACCAGCCUACUUCCCCCAGAUUGUUUACUGGUACCCUAGCCCUCCUAUUUCUCCACAAACCUAUGUCACACAUACAGGGCCUCCGACGCUUGUCGUAUUGAGAGGCCUACCCAUCAAUGCACAAGUUCAAGACAUACUGAACUUCUUUCAAGGUUUUCCAGAGGUAACCCCAGAGAACAUUCAGAUCCAGAUUUUACCCGACGGAAGACUUACAGGGGACGCAUUGAUUUCCUUCAUGACACGGUCGGAAGCAGAGCGUGCAAUAGCUCAGAGAAGCAAACAUACAAUAGGACAGUGUGUUAUAGAGCUGUUUCUAGCCUAAAUUGACAUGGGUAAAGUACGCAGUGUGAAAAAAAAUAAUAUAAAAAGAAAGAAAAUUACACAAUGUGUUCAGACAUUCCAGGGUCCAAAUAGAUAUGUUUAUUUUAGCAAUUUUAUGAUGUUUAUUGUAUUAUAAUUGUAAAGAUAUAUAUAUAUAAGCUAAUCUCAUUUUUCUUGAAAAGAUCUUGUAUUUCAGCUAAAAAAUAGAUCUGAACACACAUGGCAAAAUCUAGCAAUAUUAUUUUUAUAUAUAAUUUCCAGUCAAAGUCUUGCCUGUCUCACUUCCGUUUCUGACUAUUUUGCCAUGUUUGUAUUUUAAGAGUUGUUAGUACAUGGUGUAUGUUACUCUAUAGAACAGAUUACUGCAAAAGAAUACGUUGCUAAUUAUUGGCGUUAUUAGUGCUGCGAGAAAUUGACAUUUGUUUAAUUUCAUGAAAAAAAGAAUAUUUCAAAGUAAUUAUAUAACAUUGAUAUGCAUAUAUAAGUGCCUAAUUUGAGUAUUGAAUCAAGUAUUGUUAUGCCGUUAUACACGUUACGAAAUGAUUGUGAGUACGCAUUGUUUAUUUUGUUUUUUUGUUUUUAUUGUUGUUUAUGUUUAUAUCAAAACAUAUCACUCCAUGACAGCCGUUGAUAUUUUUGUAUUUUUUAACCUUGUUUGAAUAUAAGACUUUUUUUAAUAUCUCGAAGUGAAGAUUUUUAUGAUAAUUUGACACCAGUCAAAACUUUAUAGAAAAAAAACAGUUCUAUACACCAAAAUCAACGCAUAACUCUUAUAAAUAUGCAAGAAAAAUUCUAUGCAAUAUCAAGAAAUCAAACUGAAAUUUGAAUGUUCUAGUCAUAUUUGUUGUUUAGAAUUUAUUACAUGUAAUAUACUAAAUAAUACUAGUAAUCUCAUAUUUAGCAAGCGCUUCAUACUUUGAUUAUUUGAGGUUGUGAUUCUGAAUUGUUGUACAUAAGCCAUGACAGCUAUUUUCAACCAUAGGGAUUGUCCUCAUUUGCUUCGCUUAAAUUAUGAAUACAAAGGUAUAGAUAUUACGAUUGUGCAAUAUCUAAGAGAAGAAUUGCUUUAAUUUUUUUUCAUCUGUUUUUUUUUUUCUAAAUUAUCUUGUUCAUUUCCUUUUCACCAGAAAUUUGAAAAACCUAGAAAAGUGUUAGAAAAUCACAUUUUGAUUUGUUUAGUUCUAUAAUUUUUUUUUUCUUCAUGAAGACAGAUUUUUUUUAAUGUCAGAUAAAUAAAUAAUAGAUCUACUAUAAAUAUACAUCAUUUAAAUGUUACCAUGUCUAGAUAUACUGAUAUUUGUUAUUAUAUGAUCAUUCCUACGCAUAAUUGUACAUUUUUGUAAAAAAAAAAAACUGCUGAUGUAUGACUUUUCCCACGAUUUUUUGACGUGUGUUGUAGAUAUGAUUGUAGCAAUGUUAGAUUUAGACUUUAUAUACAUUAUAACAUCAAGUAUAAAUAUUUCCAUAAAAAUGGCAAUAAACAACUUAGAAUUGCAGUGGUGGUGGUGCCGUAUUUGUUUUGGUGUUGGUGGUGGCUUUUUUGCUUGAAUUUAUUCUCCAUUAUUCAUGUGGAAUUGCGCAAUACACUCAGUUAUUUUAUGCCAUAGCACGUGUGAUUUCACGACGAAGGAAACUAGCACUAAUAUCAUAAGAGCAUUUUAUGGUGGCAGUGUAUUUAUACAUAUCAUUUUUAGAGUUAUUUGCUCUUGAUAUUUUUGUGCGGGACGGGCGUUUUUAAUGGGGGACUGCACAACAGAGUGCAAGUACUCACACAAUUUUGCCAGGAAUACCUUUGCCAGUGAUUACAUAUUAUUUAUAACACAAAUGUAUUUUGACACGUGUUUAAUUGUGCAAUAAGGAUUAUGGACAAUGUUUUUCAAAUGGUUGAGGUAUUAAAAUUAGUUGGGUUCUAAUUUUUGGGGAUGAUUUGGUGCACAUUUGCUUUCUGUGAUAUAUUUAUUUUUAAGUUUUUAACACCUUUUUACAGAAUUUUAUCAAAUAUAUAUUUAUUAAAACUUUUAAAAUGUAUACAAAAUAUGUCCAUGUCUUUAUUGACAAUUAAACCGGAAAUGGUAUAAAAUGUGUGGGUAUUGUGCGCAACUUCCCUUUUUGUGAUGUGGAUCUGGUUCGGUUGCUCGUGGAGCCGGUGAAGGUGAACUUAGUUUCUCUUUGUGCUAAAAAAACCCAGGAAAACUAAACGGAAUGAAUUUACUCUUGUGGAGUCUUUGGUGCGUCAGGGUUAAAAAAGUGGUACUUCAGGCUUUUACUAAAGGUGGCCAGUCCUUUUACACGAGUGCUGCAAACCUUAAAAUAUUUAACACGUUAUUAGCUUGGGAAGGCAAGAUGUCAUGCAGUUGCAAAGUGCCAUACCUUUUUUUUUUAAUUUAAACAGAAAUACUCAUAUCAGUUUCAAAAUACUUCUGAAAAAUAGCAUAUCAAACACACUUAUUAUUUUGUCUCAACAAUUAUGUCAUCUUGCUGCUGGUUUUAUACCUGUGCAAUACAAACCUCUAGCUGACCUCGAUCUAAUCAGAGUCAAAACGGAGCAUGCGGUGACUAGUCAAUGGAAUAAUGUUGCAUGAUUUUACUAUUUAUUAUUCCUACAUAUCACUUUGUCGUUUGUUUUAUUCACCCUUUUUUACAUAUAGAUUGUAGAAAGUGUCUUUUAAUUAUACAUAAUCUUUAUUUUUAACGCGCCAAGCUUAUUUCAUACGCAAUACACAUAUUAAGUGACUAGAAAAACUAGUCGAUAUUGCUUAUUCAUCACUGCUCAAUGUGAUGAUGCCAAGUUCACUGAGCAAUGGUCAGCAUACUUCAUUUGUGUUUGUAAGCUUGGAAAGUGGUAAAGAUUUCUGUAUGUGUUCAGAAAUAUAUAUAUAUAUAUAUUUACAUAUUCUAUGGGCAAGUGAAAUAUUCUUGUUCCAAAUGUUAAUGUAUUACGUUGCAUUUACAGUUUUUAUUAUUUUAUGAAAUGUCGCAUUAUUAAGAAUAAAAUAUAGUUAAGUUGA